CAAAAAAGAAAAAAAAAGAAAACGGAACUUUGCUCCAAACAGGAACUGGGUUGGAAACACUUUCGUCCUCCGUGAUUUGUGUAGAUUAGAAUAAUCUUCGGUCCAAACAGUUUCCAGGAGCAGAAAAGAUGUCUGUGACCAUGAGCAAGACCGAGGGGGUGACUGUGUUCACCCUGACCUCUGACCCUGAUAGCCCCUGGCCUCCUCUGUGUCAGAUCCUGAAGAGCCUGUGCUACAGCCCGGUGGGCUGCUCUGUGUCCCAGAAGCUGAGGACAACCCAGAGGACGUCUCUGUCUGUGCUCGGGGCAAUUCACAUCAUGAUUGGCCUGCUUAAUAUUGGCCUCGGCAUCAUCGUGAGAGUGACAUACAUUUCUCCUUGGUAUCUGGAUUCCUAUUAUCCUGUCUGGAUGGGAUCUCUGUUCAUUGUGUUCGGGAUUUUGUGCCUUCUGUCUGAGAAGUAUCCGAGUCCAUGCCUGAUCGUCCUCAAUGUGAUUUUCAACAUUGCUGGAGCCGCUAUGGCAAUUGCUGCCAUUGUGCUCUACAGCAUAUUUGAGGGAGAUUUUUACUUCUGGUUUUCCUGUGAGGAGAACGAAUACUACGUCGACUACCGGCGACAUACAACCACAGCACCAAGUCCAGGCUCUGAAUACAUCAAGCAAAGAUGCCUGGAGAAUAGAGCUGUGUACACAAUGCUGAUUAGAGGCAUAGUUGGCAUCCUGAUCGUCCUGUCGGUCGUGGAGGUUUGUGUCGCCAUCAGCUCUGCUGUGUUGGAGAUCAAAGCUCUGAAACGCAGCAGAGAGAAGCAGGAGAAGGUGAAGUAUUGAUCAACAAGAUUCAUGUUCAA